AUGGCGAGGAUGAGAGACGCAGAAGCGGAGCUGAAUCUUCCUCCGGGGUUCCGCUUCCAUCCCACCGACGAGGAGCUAGUGUCCUACUACCUCUGCCGGAAGGCCGCCCACCAGCAACUCCCCGUCCCCAUUAUCGCCGAGGUCGAUCUCUACAAGUACGACCCUUGGCAGCUCCCAGGUACCCACCCGCCCCUCGCCCCCUCUCUCUAUCUCUCUCUAGCUUUCUCUCUCUUCUGCAACUCACGGAUGAGUUUCCUGUGGGAGCAGAGAUGGCGCUGUUCGGGAAGAGGGAGUGGUACUUCUUCACGCCGAGGGACAGGAAGUACCCCAACGGGUCACGGCCGAACAGGGCCGCCGGAAGCGGGUACUGGAAGGCGACAGGGGCCGACAAGCCGGUGACGCCGGGGGGGAGCGACAGGGCGGUGGGGAUCAAGAAGGCGCUGGUAUUCUACUCCGGCAAGGCUCCCAAGGGCGUGAAGACCAACUGGAUCAUGCACGAGUAUCGCCUCGCCAACAUCAACCGCGCCGCCAAGAAGGGCGGCGGCAGCCUCAGGGUAAGCAAGACCGGCUAUGGCUUCUGCAAUGUCUCCGGGUCCGGUGAUGGGGGCUCGAUCUGACCGGCUGUGGCUUCUGCAGCUCGACGACUGGGUGCUUUGCCGGCUUUACAACAAGAAGAACGACUGGGAGAGGCGGCGGCCGGUGGCGGACGCCGGCGAGGAUACGGGCUCGGAGAGCUUGAGAACGCCGGAGUCGGACGUGGAGAACGAGGUCACCCCCCCGGAGGCGGCGGCGGUGGAAGAUUACGCGGCGAGAUCGCUGGAGUUUCCCAGGGUGGUGAAGGAGGACAACGACUGGUUCAUGGAUCUAAAUCUGGACGAUCUUCAGAGCUCCUUCAUGGCCUUCAACGGCGCCGCCCCUGGCCGGGACCUUUCCUAUCAAGAUUAUCUCCUCGGGGGGCUCGCCUCCCCGCAGCUGAGACCGGGAAUGGGCGGCCUGCCACCCUUCUGA